CACGUAAUGUCACCGCUUGCUUCCCCCAUUUUCCUGUAACAUUCAUUGUAUUGAAACUUCAAACAAACAAAACCAAAACGAUAAACUCAACCUUGUUCAUAAUUGUGACAUCAAAGUCACAUAAAAACACAAAAUAGAAUAAAAAACAGAUACUACUAAUUGGAAAGACAAGAAAAAAAUAGAUGUUUUUUGGCUUAGAGAUUCACAUAUAGUCAAAAUUACAGUCCAAAUUUGUUGAACAUUCAAAGAACCAAAACAACCUAUAAUUUAUAGUACCUUUGAAUUUGAUGGUAUCUUGAAAGUUAAAGAAAUCGAAUAAGUUUAUUUCUGACUGAUUCAACAGAUGAAUUCUCCAUAAAAUAGCUCAUAAUCUGAUCGAGAAGUAAUGGCAUCUGCAGAAGCUAGAGCUGGUUAUGCAGUUAAUCGUUGUUUCACACGAGAUUUCAGUAUGUCCCCUUCUGAUUAUCAAUCUCCGGUUUCGAAAAAACUGGAAUCUGAUUUUAUUCAUAGUGAUGAUUCCACUGAUUCUGACAUGAAAUGGUGGCUACAUGUCAAAACUAACUUGGGCAGUGAUGCAAAUUAUUCCUGGGAGUCUAAGUUCGAUGCUUUUAAUGUCGAUAUCGGGAGCGAUCAAUCGGUCAAAAACCUUGAUUCGCUUUCGUGUGUUGGAAGUGUUACUAAUACUAUAGCUUUAGAGCAGCAAUGGAAUGUGUAUCCAAAAUGUAUACAGAAAAUCAAUGAUACUAAAACCGCGAAAAUUGAGGCUGCUUUGAACAAUGACUUGCAUUUAGCACCUAGGAAGAAAAUCGAAGGGGAGUUCUGGUUUUCGGAUGAUGUUAGUAGUGUCUUGGUCUCAAAACAAUGUAAAAGUACAUCGUCUGAUUUGGAAUCGUAUUGGUUGCGAGGUGAAAAAACUCGACCUUGGUGGGACACUACAGGAAAAGACGACUUAGGUUACUUGGUUGCGAAGAAAUCUCGUGACAAUGACAAUGACAAGAAUGUUGUAUCCUCUUUGAGCCGGAAAUGUGAGACGCGUUCUUCGGAAGCGGAUGGUUGUCAGUCUACAACCUUGACUUCUGGCUAUUCAUUUCAGGAUUCAAACAGAACUUUCAGUUCUAGCGAGAGCAAAGACUCUGAUUCAAGCAACAUGAAUACCGAGAGCACGGCCAAGGCAGAGCUACUGAAAGCCUUAUGUCGAUCCCAAACUCGGGCGAGAGAGGCUGAAAAGGCAGCACAGGAAGCCUGCGACGAGAAGGAGCAAAUAUCGGCGUUAUUUUUCAAACAGGCUUUGCAACUAUUUGCUUACAAGCAAUGGCUGCAUGUUUUGCAGCUGGAGAAUAUAUGUCUUCAGUUCAAGAACAAAAACCAGCCAUUGAUGGACUGGGACAACCUCUUUUCCUGUAGGACUGGAAAACAACACAGGAAGAAUCGAGGAAAGGUUACGGAUAGAAGAAGACGAGGGAUCGGAAAAUGUGUUUUCGCUUUCGCCGUUGGUUUGGCUCUUGCUGGUGCAGGUUUGCUUCUUGGUUGGACCAUUGGAUGCAUGUUUCCAUCCUUUUAAAUGUCACUAUCUGUUGUAAUGAUUCACUAGUUUUGUCUCUGAAAUUGUGAAAUUGUAGAACAUUAUGAAAAACAACCUAUGCACAUAUACAGAAAGUUUUAUAUUCUUUAGAUUACUAGAUUGUUAGAUUAUGAUAGACUUUGUACUAGUAAGUUAGGAGUUGCCAAAUGAACUCAAAAUUACUUGUUUCUUGUUAUUUGUAGAACAAUAUGAAAAACUACUUUAUAUUCUUUGGAAA